UUUGUCUAUCACGAGCUCUAAGUUCCCCAGUUAGUAAAUAUACUCUUAAGAAAACCCCAAGGCAACAGAAGGCCAAAAAUUUGGACUGUGUCAGAUGCUCCAUUUUUGGUUUUAGGGCGGGAAGCUGAUAAAAUCAAUAUUUUCUUCUCUCUUGACAUCGUCCCUUUUUUUUUUUUUAAACUUUCUCUCUCUAGGGUUUUUCCAAUUGCUGAUGCUACUUCAAAUUCCAAAUCCAAAAAAUCCCCAAAUUUUCACACAGAAUAGUUGAUAGUUGAUAUUUUAUGCCGCUUUAGCUAAUCCAAAAUCCAAAAAAUGACACUGCGAAAGGGCUCUAAAGUAUGGGUCGAAGACAAAACUUCCGCUUGGGUUGCAGCCGGAGUGACUGAUUUUAUCGGUAAACAAGUUCAAGUAGUUACUGAUUCUGGCAAGAAAUUAUUGGCUUUACCGGAGAAGUUGUACCCAAGGGAUGAAGAGGCAGACCAUGGAGGAGUUGAUGACAUGACCAAAUUGACUUAUUUGAAUGAACCUGGUGUUUUAGACAAUCUUCAGAGAAGAUAUGCUCUUAAUGAAAUUUAUACGUACACAGGAAGCAUCUUAAUUGCUGUCAAUCCAUUUACUAAACUUCCUCAUCUGUACAACGUGCACAUGAUGGAGCAAUAUAAGGGAGCUCCAUUCGGUGAGCUUAGCCCGCAUGUGUUUGCUGUGGCUGAUGCAUCAUACAGGGCUAUGAUGUCUGAGAACCAAAGCCAAUCUAUAUUGGUUAGUGGCGAAAGUGGAGCAGGGAAAACUGAGACAACAAAAUUGAUAAUGCAAUACCUUACCUAUGUUGGUGGUCGUGCUGCUGAUGAUGACAGAACAGUUGAACAACAGGUUCUCGAGUCUAACCCGUUGCUGGAGGCCUUUGGCAAUGCACGCACUAUUAGGAACGACAAUUCAAGUCGUUUUGGCAAGUUUGUUGAGAUCCAAUUUGAUGCAAGUGGUAGAAUAUCUGGUGCUGCAAUUAGGACUUAUCUUCUGGAGAGAUCUCGCGUUGUUCAGAUAACAGAUCCUGAGAGGAAUUAUCACUGCUUUUAUCAAUUAUGUGCAUCUGGAAUGGAUGCUGAGAAGUACAAGCUGGGUCAUCCGAGUGAUUUUCACUACUUGAACCAGAGCAAAACCUAUGAGCUAGAUGGAGUUAGCAAUGCUGAGGAGUAUAUCAAGACAAGGAGAGCUAUGGAUAUUGUUGGAAUCACUCAGGAGGAACAGGAAGCAAUAUUUCGUACCUUGGCAGCAAUUCUACACAUAGGAAACAUAGAAUUCUCUCCGGGCAAAGAACAUGACUCAUCAGUUAUAAAAGAUGAAAAGUCCAGGUUUCAUCUGCUGAUGGCUGCUAAGCUUUUUACGUGUGAUGACCAGCUGUUAGUGACCACACUUUGUACAAGAUCAAUUCAAACUCACGAAGGCAUCAUCAUUAAGGCUCUUGAUUGUAGUGCUGCUGUUGCAGGACGUGAUACGUUAGCAAAGACUGUUUAUGCCCAAUUAUUUGAUUGGUUAGUUGAAAAGAUUAAUAGAUCUGUUGGGCAAGAUCCUGAUUCCCAGAUACAAAUUGGAGUUUUGGAUAUAUAUGGAUUUGAAUGCUUUAAGCAGAACAGCUUUGAGCAAUUCUGCAUCAAUUUUGCAAAUGAAAAGCUUCAGCAACAUUUUAAUGAGCAUGUAUUCAAGAUGGAGCAAGAAGAAUAUCAGAAAGAGGAAAUCAAUUGGAGUUACAUUGAAUUUAUAGACAACCAAGAUGUUUUGGAUCUGAUAGAGAAGAAGCCUAUUGGGGUAAUUGCUCUUCUGGAUGAAGCUUGCAUGUUCCCAAAGUCAACGCAUCAAACUUUCUCAAAUAAGUUGUUCCAGAAUUUUCGGGUGCAUCCACGAUUAGAGAAGGAGAAAUUUUAUGAAACAGAUUUUACCAUCUCCCAUUAUGCUGGCAAGGUCACAUAUAAGACAGAAACAUUCUUAGAUAAAAAUCGUGAUUAUGUCGUGGUAGAACACCGUAAUCUGUUAUCUUCUUCGAAGUGUCCUUUUAUUGCUGGUCUCUUUCCAUCCCUUGGAGAAGAAUCGUCUAGGUCAUCAUACAAGUUCUCUUCAGUAGCUUCUCGGUUUAAGCAACAACUUCAAGCUCUCAUGGAGACACUCAGCUCAACGGAACCGCACUAUAUUCGUUGUGUGAAGCCAAAUUCUCUGAAUCGGCCUCAAAAAUUUGAGAAUCUCAGCAUCCUGCACCAACUGCGUUGUGGGGGUGUUCUGGAGGCUGUGCGCAUAAGUUUGGCAGGUUAUCCCACACGCAGAACUUACCAUGAAUUUAUAGAUCGAUUUGGACUGAUUGUUUUAGACAUGUUGGAUGGAAGGUGGGUUUGCUUCUAGUCCUGACUAUUAUAA